AAUAAGCCUAUAUAUUGCAACAGAUAAACUCGAAACCAAGAAAAAUUGCAGAGUUCCUGAAUCAGUAUAUUUGUAUAUUGCAAUUCACCAUGGUUAUAGGUUUUAUUAUUCGCGACAGAGACAAGGAAUGUAGUAACUAUGCACGCCUUAGAAAACCAGAAUAUGUGAGCAAGUCGCUGAUACAGAUGUGGGUUUUAAGCUACAAGACCAAUGAAGAGGGCGAAGAUUACUGCGAGCUUUCAACUCAAAAUGAACCAUUCUAUAUUGUUUCCGAUGAUGAUGAUGGAGGACUUGCAUCGUACAGGAUGCACUCGGUUGCUCAUACGAUUAUGCCGGAUGAAGUCAAUGAAGUAGAGGGUCAGAAGCAAGAAGGUGUUAUUAGCCGUGUAUUCAAGAACCAAAGGCCUGAAAUGAGUCCUGACAUUUCUUGUUACUCUUUACAAGAGUACCCGCAUAGAGAUUUUGCUUUAAGUUGUGGGAUUCGAUCUUCUCUGUGUGUACCGAUUUACCAAGAUAUCUUUUCUUAUGAGUCCCCUGGUGGAGUUCUUGAAUUUGUCUCUACUUCUACCGAUCAACUCAAAAGCUUCAGGAACUAUUGCAGAUACUACGAAGCUUUUGUUUUCCGAGGAACCAAAAUGAAUUUGAUGAUCGACCAAUUAUACUGUGACCCAAGAAGGCAUUAUUUAAGGCGCAAUGUGGAAAUGGAUCACUUGUUAACGGUGGUGUGUCAGAAAUACCCUCUACCUCUUGCUCAGUACUGGGAGGUUGGGGACGUUAAUGUCCGAGAUCUGGGCGUAGUGAAUCAAGAAGGCAACAUUGACUUCCCCAAUGUAACUCCCUGGCUUCAAUUCAAAAACGCUUGCAAGAAUAUAGGUUUGUAUAUAGAUGAAGGCCUUGUUGGCAAGUCAUAUCUAUCCCACAAAUCCUUCCUCUGCAGGGAUAUAAAAGAAUUGAGCAUUACUAAUUACCCUUUAGCACACUAUGCACCAAACUGCAGGCCAAUUCCUUGUUUUACUAUAUGCUUGUGCAGCUUUAAGCCCUGGUAUAGAGAAUAUGUACUAGAACUUUUUCUACCUUCUCAGGAGAUGGAUAGUUAUGACCCCCGAACCUUGCUGAACUCUCUAAUGGAAACAAUGAAGGAACAUCUUCCGGAUUAUAUGGUUGCUUCCGGAGAACAACUAGGACAAGUGCUAUCAGUUGAAGUCAUAAAAUCUUCUACACAUGAUAAGCCUGAGUAUUUGAAAAUAGGUGAACCCCAGAGCUCUCUUCCUCCUCAGGAAGGAUUAAAUAAUGAAGGGGAUGCAUCCCAUCAAUUCCCUUUCGUUUUGCCUUCGUUGUUUAAAGACGGUGCUGUGCAAGAUGGGAAUGUUAUGAACAUAGAAGAGAGUAACUCAACCAUAAAUUCUUACGAAGAAAUUGCCUCUGGGGAAACCUCAACAAGUAGACCCAAUAUUGUCCCAGAGACCAUUCACGCAGAUGAAAGUGUUCAAGAAUCACCUCUUGAAAAUAUUGCUUAUGCUCUCACUAAUGAAGAUGUGAACUAUGCUUUAAAUAAUAAAGAAGAUAUGAACCUCGAGAAUGUUAGUAAGCAUUUCGGAAGACCACUCAAUGAUGCAGCAAAGAGCUUUGGAGUUAGCCGAUCCACAUUCAAGCGCAUAUGUAGAGGGCUCGGUAUCAAGAGGUGGCAAUCCGGGAAGAGAAGAAUGAAGGGUAACUUUUCAUCUAGGCUCGGAAAAGGAAUAAAUCAGGAGCAACCAGGUAGAAGAAAUUUUGGUAGUACCAGCAUGGCAGCUGUGAAUGAAACAGUUGUUGCGCAUUCUAGCCAAGACUUGAAUAAGAUGACUGUAAAGGCAACUUAUAAGGAUGUUACAAUAAGGUUUAAACUACCUGAUUUAUCAGGAAUUGCAGAGUUGGAAAAUAAUGUGAUUGAGAGGCUGCAUUUGGGGAGAAAUAAUUUCACCAUCAAGUAUCAAGAUGAGGAGGGUGAUUUGGUUUUGAUUGCUUGUGACAAGGAUGUGCGAGAAUGUAUUGAAAUCUCGAGAUCUUUGAAGGAAACGACUAUCAAAUUGUUGCUUGAUCCGCCUCUUAAUCGCAAUGCACUUUGAAAGCCUAUGAGUACUACUCAGUACUCUCUACCCUUUUAUUUUUCCCUUUCCAACAAAAAUGUGCUUAAACUUGAGUUUCUGUGACAAUUUGCUUGCUGUCUUCGUGGGGCGGAAUGUAGAUCACGAUAAUACUCCCUCCGUCCCUUUUUACAUGUCCAUGCUUUUCUUCGAGAAGUUAAAUUAACUAAUUUUUGACCAAAUAUUACAAA